UGAGGGUGGUGGUGUGCCCCGCCCAUCUCGCCCACACCCACCACCACAACCACCCCCAACCACCACCACCACCACCACCCACCUUCUUUUAUCCUCUAAACAUGACCUGACCGUAACUCGAACACCACGCCAUGGAUCGCGACAUAUCCCUUGCCCCGCCUACCUGAGUGUACCUGCGUGUACCGGGACGUACCUGGGCGUAGCUGGGUGUACCUGGUCACCUGUGUACCGUCAGUGUACCGUCAGUGUGUGAGGUACCAUUCAAAAGGCAACUCCAGCAUGGCGUGGUAGGGGCGUGGCAUGCCGGGCCGCGCUGCCACGGCCACGGUGGUGGAGGACGGCCUGAUGGGGCCACAGGAUGAGGCCGACACGUAUGGGUUCACGCCGCCCAGACCACCACCUGGCCCCCGCCGCUGGUCCAGCAGCCACAGCCUGCCAGCACCCUCCUCCCCACCCCCAUCCCGCCCUACUGGUCACACCGCUCCCCGGCCCCAGACCUACCGCAACUUGAGGGGCAUUCUGACCAAGGCUACCCCUGAGGAUGGCCCUCGGCGUGGUGGUUCUGUCAGGGACUACCAGGACCCCGGCCCUCGUACCCCCAGAGACUAUCAGGAGGGUCCCCGGUGGGCCAGUAGGACCUACCCUGAGGCCCCGCCCACCAGGGCCUCCCGGGACUACCACUAUGACCACACUGGCCCCAGGGACUACCACAAGGCCUCCCGCAGUGCCAGGGACUACCAAGGGGUGGCCAGGGACACCAGGGUGCUGGACUCCCCCCGGGGCACCAAGGAGUACCUUGACACCACCAGGGAAGGGGUGGAGUACCCUUCAAUCCCGCGGGACGGCAGCUUCAGCCCCUCCAAGGCAACCCGCAGCUACCAGGACUUGGCUCGCCCAUCCGGGGAAUACCAGAACGUGUCCCGCACCACCAGGGCCUACCAGGACACUGUCACCACCCCACGGGGCACCAAGGACCUGGAGGGCAUCCCCAGGGCUGCCUCCAGGGACUACAGCAAGAACGUGCCGCGGCCUCGCUCCAUCCGCACCCACCAGACCACCUUCAAGGAUGCCCCCACCAGGGAGUACCAGGACCGGCCCCGCUCCUCCUCCACCAGGAGCUACCAGGAUAACCAUCGAGGCAGCACCAGGGACUCCUCCCGGGGCAGCACCAGGGAGUACCCAGACUCCAGCCGGGGCAGCAGCAGAGAGCACCACACAGCCCGCACCAAUGGAGACUACCAGGACCUGACCCGCCCCGCCAGGGACCACAACUCACCCCGCUCCAUCCCCAGGGACUACCAGGACCUGACCCGCCCUGCCAUCAGAGACUGCCACGACACUACCAGGAGCACCAGGACCUACCAGGACACCAGCAGGGCCACCCGGGCCUACCAAGACCUCCCCCCCCACCUCCUCACCAGGGACCACCAGGGAUCAGGCCGGGUCACCAAGGGGUACCAGACCAUGCCCCGCUCCAGCAGGGAGUACCAGGACACCAGUACAAAGGCCACCAGGGACUACACGGACAGGGGCGGACGGGCGGCAAGCACCAGGGACACACUGCCGUCCUCUCGCCCCUUCAGGGACUACCAGGGCACCAGGGGCUCCAGGUCAGACUCCCUCCAGCCUCUCAAGGGAAUGAAGGAGGAGAAGGAAGAGGAGGAAGAUGUCAUGGCUCACUGGGAUUCAGAAAGAGGAGAGAAAGGAACAGCAGAGAGAGGAGAGAGAGGCAACUAUAACUACCACAGACAAAGCUCUCCCUCCCCCAACGACACCCGCACCCUGCCCCUCCCCCUGCCACGCACCCCCGUCACCCCACACACACCCCACACCCCUCACCACUACUCAGGUCAGGACACCCGCCCCGCCGCCUCCCCAUCCCCCUCCUCGCAUCACCCCAACCAGUCAUCACCGCCACUCCACAACCACCACAACACCUCCACCAGCUACCACCACAUCCACAGUUACCAGGUGUCCAGUGGCAGCAGACAGGCACUCGUACGCCCCGUUCACUCCAACCAAGGCCAACACAAAUGCCGGGACUGCCUGGGGUGUGUCCCGUAUGCCACCCUCAUUGCCACUGUGAUGUGCUGUGUGGGUGUGGGUGUGUUCUGUGGCACCAUGCACAGGGGCACCACUCUCACCCUGCGCCUCUUUCGAGAAGUGUUCAACCUUCACAUCUCAUGGAUGGAGCCCGUACAGCUGUCGUUCAUGAUGGUGGGGGCCGGCAUGGGUGGUCUGGGGCUAUUGAUACUCUUGGUGGGGUGUCUGUCCAGCGGUAAUACUCUGCGCCGUGUCUACAGCUCGUGGAGGGCCAGACUUGGAGGAAAAAUUACCUGUGCUCUGCUGAUGGGCGUGGCAUACCUCCUCACGCUGGCCUGGCUGCUCAUGUUUGCUGGCCUUGUUGCCAUCACUGUCUUCUACACGCUGGCCUGGUUCCAGUGCAUCCACGUGCCACACACUGAAUGCAUCGACUACAAUCAAUUCAGGUUUUUGUUCCCCCGCACCACCAUUGAGGAGGAGAAACGGGUGUGUUCCGGGGGCAAGAGGAAGCUGUUCUGUAAGGACUUUGUCAACAACGGAGAAAUACUGUGUCUCUUGGCCACUGCCUCAGCCCUACUUGUCAUUCUUUCCCUGGUGCACUAUCUGAUGUGUCUUGCUGCAAACUACACCCACAUCAAGGACCACGGCAAGCUGAUGGAGCUGCAGGAGAUGCAGUUCCUUCAUGAGUCUGAGAUGUCCACGCUGCCCAAGGACCGAUUCUAGACCAGGGAGGCCACAGACAUUGCCUGAGAAGACACACAGAGGUGCAUGUCACACCAGGACAAGAUAAGGACAUGGUGUUACAAAAUAUGGACCAAAGAUAAGGAUAAGAUAUCAAACAUGGAGUUAUCAAAUGUAGAGCAAUGAUGACAGCAAAGAUAAGGACAGGGUACCAUCAAGUCUAGACCAAACAUAAUACCAGUGAUAAAGAUGAUAUGAAGGGCAUGGUAUUACAACACUGUAUCUAGACCAGAGAUAACACACUAUUACACAAGCAUGGCGAGAGAGCAAAGUGUUACAGUUAACAAGCCUCUCCCUCUCUCUCACUGUGGAAAACAUAACUAUGUUGUCUUCAAUUGUAAUGUAACUUUUUUUUAUGAAUGAGAGACACUGGCCCAGGGUUACAAAGUGAAAGAAAAAGGCCCACUCAGGUACCAGUCCCCAAAGAGAUAAGCCAUUACUGUUGUUGUUGUUGUUGUUAUUAUUAUUAUUACUAUUAUUAUAUCAUUAUUACUAUUAUUACAAAUAUAAAAAGAAAGAAUCAAAUAGUAAUAAUGAUGGUGUAUGUAAAGAUUUAAGUCUGUCACUUAAAGUUGCUUGAAAAAUAGUUGUUUCCCAUAGUGAGUGAGACAUACAUACAUAAAUACACACAGACAUACAUAGUACAUACAUACAGACAGACAGACAGACGUACAUAUAUUUUUAAGUUUUACCGCAAUUUACGUCUUGCCAAAAUAUAUGAAAUAAACAUGCCACAUGUGCAGUGUCCUUGUGUUCUGAAGUGAAGGUGGAUGCACUGCUGACAAAAUUUAAACAGAGAGUAACAAGAUCAAUUAAAAAGGGCCACUGAUUGAUUGAUACAUUGGCUCUGUUCUGUGCUGGUGGUGGUGCCCUAAAGCUCUGUGUGUGUGUGUGUGUGUGUGUGUGUGUGUGUGUGUGUGUGUGUGUGUGUGUGUGUGUGUGUGUGUGUGUGUGUGUGUGUUUUGAGUUGACGCUGACCUCUCAUAAUAUAUUUUUCUAUUGUCCAGAGUGUUGUCUGCCUUUCAAAGCUUCAUUCUGACCUGCAUAUCUUACUCAUGAAAAGCUUGCUGUUUGUACAAUAUUCAUGCAUCAAUUGUCUCUUUCACUGUUUGUUAUCAUUUUGUAUACACCCCAAUAAUUAUCACUAUCGUCUUUUUCACAGAAGUAUCUUUCGUUUUUACUUAUUUGAAUAAUAUUUUUACUCUCUCUCUCUCUCUCUCUCUCUCUCUCUCUCUCUCUCUAUUCUCCCAAUCUAUUUCUCCCUUUAUUUCUAGUAGUCUAUCCUUCUAUCUAUUCAUCUUUACUAGUUCUGUCUGUAGUAGUAAUCAUAGUAGUGUGCGUAUCUCUGCAUCAACUAAUGAGUGUUUGCAUUACACUGCAUCACAUUCCAGCCUGUCCAAUACUUUGCCAGCCAACACCUCAGUGCACAACAUUCCAUGCCUCCCCAGUCUUGCCUCCAUCCACACUGUGUCAACAUAACCUUGCCAGUUCCUUACAACAAUGCUGAGCUUCUGACGUGCCUCAUAACCUAACCUAACACUGUACCACUAGCUGCACCUCAUCUGUCUGGUCUUGCUUUUCUCUACCAGUAUACUGUACCACACACACACACACACACACACACACACACACACACACACACACACACACACACACGCCCGGUAGCUCAGUGGUUAGAGCGCUGGCUU